AGGACAGAGGGAGGGUUGGAUGAGAUUUGAGUGGCGCAGCGGAAUGAGCGCUGGUGCAGUAACGCAGCCGCUGCGCUUUGAGUUGCACCUCUGAGCUCUUUUUCCUCACUCUGGCUAUUUUUACCAGGCACUUUACAGUCUGCGUCAGUGCGCACUUACUGGGGGAGACUUCUUCUUCAUCUUCUUCAUCAUCUGCUGGAGUUUUGCUAUUAAUGCGAGCUGUUGGUCGUGCAGCGGGAGCACGCGCAGAAUGAGGCGGCUGCUCUUGCUCGUGUCGCUGUGUGUAUCGGCGCAGGCGCAGACGCAGACGCAGACGCAGACGCUGGACGCAGACGCAGACGCGGAGCAGCCGAGAGCGAACCGAGCGAAGCGGCUCGGCGGCGGGCAGGACGUGCUGAAGGGGCCGAAUGUGUGUGGAUCCCGUCAUCAAGCGUACUGCUGUCCCGGAUGGAAGACCUUGACCGGAGGGAACCAGUGCAUCGUCCCUAUUUGUCGGAGCUCCUGCGGAGACGGCUUCUGCUCCAGACCCAACAUGUGCACCUGUCCGAGCGGCCAGAUCGAGCCCACCUGCGGAUCCAAAUCAGGUAAUUCAGUGCAUCUGCCACUCCUCUCCAUUCAGGAGUGUGUCCGUCACACAGCUGGAGUCAGAGAGCAGCUGAAAGUCACAUGACCAUCUUGUUCUGCUUCCUGUUUCCUGAGUGUUUUGAUCAGUCCAGCCAGCUUUCAUUUCUGAUGUAUUUGAUGUCUGUGUGUAGAUGGUAACCUUCAUUCUGUGAGGUAUCCACUGUCAGCAGCAGUCCACUGAUGGAGGGUCAGAGUGACAGAUGUC